AUGCCUUCAAUAUUUUGGCGUGAGGUGCGCGAACAUUAUCUGGUGCUGAAGAAGCUUUUGCGUCUUCUCAAUAACGAAAUGUCAGCCUUAAUUCUAAUUUCGUGUGCCAACAACAUGUACUUCAUAUGCUGUCAGCUAUUUAGCAGUUUUACGAACAUUGGUGUCGAUUGGGUGGCCGAACUGGCCUUUUGGUUUUCCUUGGUGUACAACAUAUUUCGCACAAUUCUUACAUUAUCCCUGGCAGCUCUGGUCGAUGAGUACACAAAGAAGAUUAUAGCCUGCUUGCGUGAUGUGCCGUCAAGAUCCUGGUGUAUUGAGACGCAACGUUUUAGCGAGCAAUUGGCAGUGGAUGUUACAGCUUUUAGUGCUGCGGGAUUCUUCUCGCUGACGCGCAAACUUAUCUUGGCGAUGGCCAGUACUGUUGUCACCUAUGAAUUGAUGGUCAGCAGCGUUAUUAAUGAAGUUGCCAUAAAGCAGGUUACAAGUUAUUGCAAACACUACGAGCGUUUCGAGGAGAUUGGAGAGAAUGUUCAACAAAUAUCCUAA